GAGCCUGAGCCUGAGCCUGAGCCUGAGCCUGAGCCUGAGCCUGAGCCUGAGCCUGAGCCUGAGCCUGAGCCUGAGCCUGAGCCUGAGCCUGAGCCUGAGCCUGAGCCUGAGCCUGAGCCUGAGCCUGAGCCUGAGCCUGAGCCUGAGCCUGAGCCUGAGCCUGAGCCUGAGCCUGAGCCUGAGCCUGAGCCUGAGCCUGAGCCUGAGCCUGAGCCUGAGCCUGAGCCUGAGCCUGAGCCUGAGCCUGAGCCUGAGCCUGAGCCUGAGCCUGAGCCUGAGCCUGAGCCUGAGCCUGAGCCUGAGCCUGAGCCUGAGCCUGAGCCUGAGCCUGAGCCUGAGCCUGAGCCUGAGCCUGAGCCUGAGCCUGAGCCUGAGCCUGAGCCUGAGCCUGAGCCUGAGCCUGAGCCUGAGCCUGAGCCUGAGCCUGAGCCUGAGCCUGAGCCUGAGCCUGAGCCUGAGCCUGAGCCUGAGCCUGAGCCUGAGCCUGAGCCUGAGCCUGAGCCUGAGCCUGAGCCUGAGCCUGAGCCUGAGCCUGAGCCUGAGCCUGAGCCUGAGCCUGAGCCUGAGCCUGAGCCUGAGCCUGAGCCUGAGCCUGAGCCUGAGCCUGAGCCUGAGCCUGAGCCUGAGCCUGAGCCUGAGCCUGAGCCUGAGCCUGAGCCUGAGCCUGAGCCUGAGCCUGAGCCUGAGCCUGAGCCUGAGCCUGAGCCUGAGCCUGAGCCUGAGCCUGAGCCUGAGCCUGAGCCUGAGCCUGAGCCUGAGCCUGAGCCUGAGCCUGAGCCUGAGCCUGAGCCUGAGCCUGAGCCUGAGCCUGAGCCUGAGCCUGAGCCUGAGCCUGAGCCUGAGCCUGAGCCUGAGCCUGAGCCUGAGCCUGAGCCUGAGCCUGAGCCUGAGCCUGAGCCUGAGCCUGAGCCUGAGCCUGAGCCUGAGCCUGAGCCUGAGCCUGAGCCUGAGCCUGAGCCUGAGCCUGAGCCUGAGCCUGAGCCUGAGCCUGAGCCUGAGCCUGAGCCUGAGCCUGAGCCUGAGCCUGAGCCUGAGCCUGAGCCUGAGCCUGAGCCUGAGCCUGAGCCUGAGCCUGAGCCUGAGCCUGAGCCUGAGCCUGAGCCUGAGCCUGAGCCU